GGGCCAAGGCGGCGAAUGCUGCCCGCAGCUGCGGCCCCGGUGGCGGAGACCCGGUUGCCGCACGGCUUGGCGAGGCCAGGGUUGUUCGUGGAGGCGGGAGCGGCGCGGGGCGCGGGUGCUGCUCCGGGAGACCCGGCCCCGCCUGAAGGAGAACCGAGAGCAGGCAGCGCCGGCCCCUUGUGUCCUUCCCGGGCAGUUCUCGGGCGCGGCGGCGGACGCGGGCUCGGGGGCCGGAGCGGCCUGGCCGGGGCUUUGAGCGGCCCUGGGUCUCGAAUGCCCUCGAGGCGGUCAGCGAUCGCCGCCGCUCCCGGUCUGGACAAGUGGCGAUGGGGUCACCUUCGGGGCUCCGACUGGGAACCGGCACCGUCCCGGCUGCCUCUGGUGGGAACAGAAGUCCAGCUGUAACGCGAGGGACCUUUACGUGAGCGAAGUUGUGUGAAAGUCAAAGAAACCAUCUCACCUAGGUGAAAAAAGAGCUGGAGGGUUCAUCAGUCAUGGCACUAAGGGCAUUGAAAUUUGCCUCAUUGACAGCAGCUGCUUCUGGCAUCUAUCUGUAUGGAAACAAGUUCCUGGAUCCUAAUGAUUUUGGAGUUGUUCGUGUGGGCCGAGCCAUUGCCACAACAGCAGUUAUCACCUAUGACUACCUCACCUCUCUUCGGAGUGUCCCAUAUGGAUCAGAGGAGUAUGAAUUCCUCAAAUCACAGGUGCACCUGCGCUCUGCUGAGCGCCUCCGGGAGUUGUGCUGCUCCAACCGAGGCACCUUCAUCAAGGUGGGACAGCACCUGGGAGCGCUGGACUACCUCCUGCCUGAGGAGUACACCCGCACCCUCAAGGUGCUGCACAGCCAGGCCCCGCAGAGCACCAGGCAGGAGAUUGAGCAAGUUAUCCGUGAGGAUCUAGGCAAAGAGAUAAAAGAGCUCUUCUUGAGUUUUGAGGACACUCCCUUGGGAGCAGCAUCACUAGCCCAGGUACACAAAGCAGUGCUGCAGGAUGGGAGAACAGUGGCGGUGAAAAUCCAGCACCCCAAGGUGCAAGCUCAGAGCUCCAAGGAUAUUUUGCUCAUGGAGGUUCUCCUCUUGGUUGUGAAGCAGAUUUUUCCAGAUUUUGAGUUCAUGUGGCUGGUGGAAGAAGCUAAGAAGAAUCUGCCCUUGGAGCUGGAUUUCCUCAAUGAAGGCAGAAAUGCUGAGAAGGUUGCUCAUAUGCUCAAAAACUUUGACUUCCUGAAGGUCCCGAGGAUCUACUGGGAGCUCUCAACAAGGCGCGUCCUUCUCAUGGAGUUUAUGGAAGGGGGACAGGUGAACGACAGGGCCUAUAUGGAGAGGAAUGGCAUCAACGUCAAUGAGAUCUCUCGCAACCUGGGGAAGCUCUACAGCGAAAUGAUCUUUGUGAAUGGCUUUGUGCACUGUGACCCACACCCAGGCAAUGUGCUAGUGAAGAAAUGCCCAGCCUCUGGCAAGGCUUACAUUAUCCUCCUGGAUCAUGGGCUCUACCAGGUGCUGAGCGAGUCAUUCCGCAUGGACUACUGCCGCCUUUGGCAGGCCCUCAUCAAGGCUGAUAUGAAGAGGGUGCAGAAGUACAGCCGACGGCUUGGGGCAGGGGAUUUGUAUCCUCUCUUUGCCUGCAUGCUGACUGCCAGAUCUUGGGAGUCUGUCAACAGGGGCAUUGACCAGUCACCAGUCUCUGCCAGCGAGGACAUGGAGAUCCGGUCCAACGCUGCUGCUUACUUGCCCCAGAUCACCCAGCUCCUCAACAAUGUCCCCCGCCAGAUGCUGCUUCUGCUGAAGACCAAUGACUUGUUAAGGGGGAUUGAGUCAGCCCUGCACACACGGGCCAGUGCCAGCUCCUUCCUCAACAUGUCUCGCUGCUGCAUCAGAGCUGUUUCCACGUACCAGAGGAACAAGAGUCACUCGCUUUACAGGAGGGCCCAGAUCUCACUCGCAGAAGCCCUAAGCCUGUGGCAGAUCAACUUGUAUGAACUCUUUCUGUGGCUGAAGGGGUCCCAGCUGGGGAACUGGGUCAUUGCUCUCCUGAGACGGAUGCACCAUUUCACAUACUGACAUGAACUGGUGGGAGAGGCCUGGGUGCUCCCUCCCUCCUUUCUGCUCUCCAUGGCACAUUUGCCUUUCUCACUGUUUCUGUUUUUGGGUCUUACUCCACAUCACACACUGCACUGUCCUUGUCUUUUACAGCAUUAGCUUCCUCUGUGGUACAGAGAAGUUGAGUUGGUACCAGAGCCCUAUUGUUUUGUGGUUUAGGAAAAGUAGGUGCAUGAUGCCUUGUGUCAGGAAAGACAGGAAAGUAUACUUUCUUUCCUCAUUUGUGCAGGUUAAAUUCCACUUAGAUUCUAGUGGGAUCGCACCAGAAGCAAAUACCUCUUUGACUCUUUCUUAAACAAUCUUAAAGAAUUUAAUAGAAUCCCAACCCUACCUAGAAUGCCCCAAAACAUUUCUCAGACCCUCAGAGAGAGGUGGUAAGUCCCUUUAAAAUGCAAUAGGGUUUAUAUUAGUUUGUACAAUCUCCUUAGUCUGAUUUCUGUUCAGGUGUGUAGAAGGUUUCUCAGACUAGUGAGGCCUUGUGGAAAGCUGUCACUAGGGUUUUCUCUUCCAGCACCAGGGAAAUAGGACUCAAAUGGUAAGAGUGGUAGACUGGGAGUCUGACUUUCUAAGGUUCAUCUCCAGUCCUGUCAGCAGGUGCCUCUGUUUUUGGACUUCUCCUGGCCUGUUUCCUUGCAGGUGAAGUGGGGGAAGAGGACAGUGAUCUUACCUCUCUUCUCAAAUUCAGGGGAGGCAGUAGGAAUGACAACUCAGGGCUCUGAAACUGCUGGUAAUGUAUGUGUACUGUACAAUACUUCCACACAACAAAAUAAAUGAAGACCUUUGGGGGAGGGAU